AUGACCGAUGUAGAGGAAAUAAUUGACUAUAUUAAAUCUUUGAAGAAAGGUUUUGACAAAGAGUUAUUUGAGUGUAAAUUAGAAGAACUCGCCUAUGUUGCCCAAAACACUGGGUUGGACGAUGCCAAUUUUCAUAUUCUAUUUAAGCUUUGGCUAAACUUAAAUAUACCAAUAAGAAAAUGGACGAACCUUGGUUGCUGUAUUAUUCCACAGAAAAAAGUAGGACAGAACUCUGUAGAAUAUGCUUUAAGAUGGUUGCUAGCGAAUAAUAGGAAUCCAACAUUUCAUCCCAGAAUUUGUUUUGUUUUGGACUGGUUAACAGUUGCUAUGGAUGCUGACUCAAUUAAUAGCACUGCACUUGACAUGGGUUAUGUGAUAUUUUAUAGUUUUUUAUUCUCUGAGAAAUUGACAUCUCAUGUAAUAAAACUGAUAUAUGUUUUGACUAAACCUUUUGAUGUCACUAGAAAAAAUGUAUUGGAAAUCCUUAAAGAGGUUAAAAAGAGAGAAGGCAAGAAAAGUUUAGUUAGACAGCUGCAAGUUCUCCUUGGUUUGUUUAAAACAUACAAGCCAGAAUGUGUUCCAGAACAAAUGCCUUCAGUUUCUGUUCAUACAGCAUUUAAAAAACUUAAUGUUCAACUUGUUGAAAGAUUCAAGAUGUGUCAGAUCAGACAAAAUAACAACAGCCAGGUGAAACUAAAGCUGGUAUGGGGUGAUUUGGGAAUGGGAAAGACAAACAAAAAACAUGGUCAACUGGUACCUAGUUUGGAGUUUGUGCAAAUAGGGUCGACACAAUACAAUCGAAAUAUACCACAAAAAACAUAUUUGGAUUUUUCUGAGCCACAAGCAUUACUGCAGUACAGUCUGAACCAUAAAUUGUCGCGACCAGCUAGAUUACGUGCGUUGCUUAGCAACGCGACAGGCCACACUUUGUUAUCUCUGACCGAUCAACAUCAGUUCACAUUUCUAAUACACGAUUUGCAUCAUGUACUUUCAUAUUUCUUCCUUGCAUCAUCAGGACAUAGUGUUGCCGAGAAAGAGAAUUUCCUUGCCCAGUUGGCCAUCUUCCAAACGACGCUUAUGCAGGGCUUGCCUGUUGUCACUAAGUUUUUGGCGCAAUUCUUGCCGUUUUGGAAUGAAAAGGAUUACUUUGCCGAAAUAAUGUCCCUCCUCGAAUGGAUAAGUAUUGACAGUCCAGAAUUAGUUUUGGACAUAUUAAGUGUGGUCACACAAAUGUGCUGCCGAGCUCAACCAAUACACCAAUGCCUUAUAAUCAAGACUGUGACUGCAAUGUAUACGAAUUUGGUUUACACAAGUACGCGACCAAAUAAAUAUUUUGUCCUCGAGAAACCAACAGAUGAAAAGUUUAGAGAGGGAACGAACAUCGUAGCAAAUUCUCUCACUGUUAUGUGUAACAAAUGCUUGCAAAUCAAUCCUGAUGAUAUACGCCUAGUACUAAGCGGUCUUCAGGCGCUAGUGUCGUGUGCGUAUACGUGCACGCAGAUUGGGCUUGGCGAGUGCGUAGGCGCAGUUCCCGGAAUGCUCGUACUGAGUAUGCCUUUGUUAAACAAUUGCGCUCUGAUGAUCGAUAUGCUCGCUGAUUUAUUAAAAAUGUACAAACAACUUCUACCCGCAUACAAAGCGAACCACGGCAAAGACCAUUUAUAUAGUAGUUACAAGAACAUCCUCAUACCAUUCUCUUCUGAUUUCGUUAACUGUCUCUCCGAAGACUUUAUUAAUAAUCGCGACAAAGGAUUAGUUUUUCGUAAUCUUAAACCAAAAGGCGUGAAUAAACUCAUCUAUUCAAUGCCCGAUAUUAACAGCUCACUCAGUAUCAGAAAUCAUUUGGCUUUCGCUCCAUAUACGUAUAUGAAAAUUGGAUCGACAUUUAAUGAUGAAUUCAUACAUGAAUCUGUGUUGGAGAGAUUGACACAUUUAAAAGAGAUUAUGAUUACAAUUUCUACUUAG